UAGCCAACAUUCUUGAAAAUUUCAAGAUGGACGAGGAGCCUAGUAACAGAGGAAAAAUCACUGAAAAGGAUGCUGGAGAGAUUAAGUACAGAGGUGUUCGGAAGCGGCCAUGGGGAAAAUACGCCGCAGAAAUACGAGAUUCAUCCCGGCCGGGCGCUCGGGUUUGGCUGGGGACGUUUAACACAGUGGAGGAGGCGGCUAGAGCCCACGACAAGGCGGCUUACGCCAUGAGAGGUCAUUUGGCAAUACUUAACUUCCCUGAAGAGUAUAAUUUGCCUAGCAGUUCAUCACAUUUUGCUUCUGCUUCGUCUUCGACUUCAUCUUCAAUGCAGGAAAGACAAGUGAUCGAAUUCGAAUACUUGGACGACAGCUUACUGGAAGAACUUCUUGAUUGUGAUAAAAAAGAGAAGAAGUAAGAUUUAUAUUGAAGUUAAUUUUGUCUUCUACUUCUACUUCUACUUCUACUUCUCUACUUCAUUUUCCUUUUCUAUGUCAUUUUCAUUUUUCAUGACAUGUUUGGUAAGCUGAAAUAGAUAAUAGACAAUAAAUAAGCUUAUCUUGUACGCUUCGCUAGUUGGAUUGCUGCCUUGAUAUAUCAUGAGCUUGUGAAUGCAAUAUUUCUUAGAAAAAAUUAACUGGGCUAAGUCCCUUUUCA